UACACUACCCGAUCCGUGAUCAGCAGAAAUGUUUGGGAUGAUGGAUUCGAUUUUCCUUCCCGGAUCAGGGAUCAGCAUUUCGGACUCGGACUAACUGACCUCGACCUGGAUGCCCCCUCAUCUUUCUACCGAGGUUACUACCUGAGGCCCAGGAGACAACUUAGCAGCGGAGGAUUGUCCGAGAUUAAGGCCGAAUCAGAUAAAUUUCAGGUUCGCUUGGAUGUAGGUCACUUUGCACCAGAAGACAUUGUAGUAAAGACAGUCGACGACCAGGUCGUGGUCACCGCAAAACACGAGGAGAAAGUGGACGAGCAUGGAUUCAUCUCUCGAGAAUUUACUCGUCGAUAUGUCCUGCCAGAAUCAUCUGACCUGGACAAGGUCACUUCCACCCUCUCAGCGGAUGGGAUCCUCAUUGUUGAAGCACCCCGGAAGAAACUCCAGCCUGCCCUGGGACACAACGAGAGAGCCGUACCCAUUCAAGUCCAGUCUCCAGGCAUCGCCACCUGCCCACCGAAAGUGACCACAACCACCAACAUACCAGUGCAAAAAGAAACCUCCACUAAAGAUAAAUAAAUGAAUCUUUUAUUAUUUUAAUUAUUUCUGACUCCUUAUCAAUAAAUUUAUUUUAGUCAUUA